UCUACAAAAAGAAAAAUCCCAUUUCCAAAUCCAAUCAGACAGUAAGUCCUUUCAGAAAUGGAAGCAAAGAAGAGGCAUGAAUAUGCUGCGGAUUUAUCUUCCAUAAAGGAAGCUAAUGAACGUAUCAAGCCGUACAUACACAAAACUCCAGUGCUAACAUCUGAGUCCUUGAAUUCAAUCUCUGGAAGAAGCUUGUUCUUUAAGUGCGAGUGCUUUCAGAAAGGUGGAGCUUUCAAGUUUCGUGGAGCAUGCAAUGCUGUCUUGGCUCUUGGUGCUGAACAAGCAGCCAAAGGGGUUGUAACACACAGCAGUGGAAACCAUGCUGCUGCGUUGUCUUUGGCUGCGAAGAUGCAGGGGAUCCCUGCGUAUAUCGUUGUACCAAAAGGUGCUCCGAAGUGCAAAGUAGAUAAUGUGAUCCGUUAUGGUGGUAAGGUUAUAUGGAGUGAAGCAACAAUGUCUUCUAGAGAGGAAGUAGCUUCCAGAGUUUUGCAGGAAACAGGUUCUGUUCUCAUCCACCCAUAUAAUGAUGGACGCAUCAUAAGUGGUCAGGGUACUGUUGCGUUGGAACUGUUGGAGCAAAUCCAAGAGAUUGACACUAUAAUUGUGCCGAUAAGCGGGGGUGGUUUGAUCUCUGGUGUGGCGCUGGCUGCUAAGUCAAUUAAGCCGAGCAUCCGGAUUAUAGCAGCUGAACCAAAAGGAGCUGAUGAUGCGGCUCAGUCUAAGGUUGCUGGUAGAAUCAUCACUUUACCUGUGACUAAUACCAUAGCGGAUGGCCUUCGUGCUUCUCUAGGAGACUUAACAUGGCCGGUAGUGAGAGAUAUGGUAGAUGAUGUUGUAGUUUUGGAGGAUAGGGAGAUAAUUGAAGCCAUGAGAAUGUGUUAUGAAAUGCUGAAAGUCUGUGUGGAACCAAGUGGUGCCAUUGGCCUAGCAGCAGUUUUAUCAACUAGUUUCCGUAGCAAUCCUUGUUGGAAAGAUUGUAAAAAUAUAGGGAUUGUACUCUCAGGAGGUAAUGUCGAUUUGGGUGUUCUGUGGGAUUCAUUUAAGAGUUCAGUGUAAUUAAACAUCUUGGUUACUGCAUUUGUUUCACUACUUCUUCGAUAUCGAUGUGAGAAUUGUCUGUAGAAUUUUGAACAAAAGGAUUCAUGUUCUUGCAAGAAACUCCGCCUUAGUACAGAGUCCAAAGAGAAGAAAGCAAUGUGUUGUAGAGUUUAUUGCUUUUAUGGAUUGUCUCUUGGCACA